UCUCAAAGUUUCUGUCUGGAGCGGUAGUGGAAAGUGGGCUUCUGGCGUAGGGACUUUCUUGGGAUGCAAGCUGAUUUGUUGCCUCCAGUUUGGAUGCACAUCCCUGCUUAACCCUCAGCCUCCGAUACCCGAGCUCUGGGCGGCUGUCUCCGGGAUCGUCAGAUCUCUGAGAAUCCCAGCCAGGGGAGCAGACGUGUCCCUGCUUGGUAACCCGCCACACACACACACACACAUACACGCACACGCGCGGGGGCCUCUCACCGGCCCGAGGCGGCUCCGUGGGCCCCUCAGACCUCGGCGGCUUCGCCCGGCCGGCUCCGAGCGCCAUGGAGGUGCUGGAGAGCGGCGAGCAGGGCGUCCUGCAGUGGGACCGCAAGCUGAGCGAGCUGUCAGAGCCCGGGGACGGCGAGACCCUGCUGUACCACACGCAUUUCUCAGAACUCCUGGAUGAGUUUUCCCAGAAUGUCCUGGGCCAGCUCCUCAAUGACCCUUUCCUCUCAGAGAAGAGUGUGUCCAUGGAUGUGGAGCCAUCCCCGACAUCCCCAGCGCCUCUCAUCCAGGCUGAGCAUAGCUACUCCCUGUGUGAGGAGCCCCCAGCCCAGUCCCCAUUCACCCACAUGGCUACCAGCGACAGCUUCAAUGAUGAAGAGGGAGAAAGUGAAAAGUGGUACCUGUCUAUGGACUUUCCUCCAGCAACCAUCAAGACAGAGCCGAUCACGGAGGAGCCACCCCCAGGACUUGUUCCUUCUGUUACCCUGACCAUCACAGCUGUUUCCACGCCUUUUGAGAAGGAGGAGCCUUCUCUGGAAACAGAUACUGGGGUCGAUUCCUCAUGCCAGACAGUUAUUCCUAAGAUUAAGCUGGAGCCUCACGAGGUGGAUCAGUUCCUGAACUUCUCUCCAAAAGAAGCCUCUGCGGACCACCUGCACUUACCACCCACCCCUCCCAGCAGCCAUAGCAGUGACUCAGAGGGCAGCCUGAGCCCCAACCCACGCCUGCACCCCUUUGGCCUGCCUCAGACCCACAGUCCUGCCAGGGCCGUGCCCCGGGGCCCGUCUGCCCUGUCCAGCUCUCCUCUCCUUACAGCUCCGCAUAAACUGCAGGGAUCAGGCCCACUGGUCCUGACGGAGGAGGAGAAGAGGACCCUGAUUGCCGAGGGCUAUCCUAUCCCCACCAAGCUGCCCCUGACAAAAUCAGAGGAAAAAGCCCUGAAGAAAAUCCGGAGGAAAAUCAAGAACAAGAUUUCUGCGCAGGAAAGCAGGAGAAAGAAGAAAGAGUACAUGGACAGCUUGGAGAAAAAAGUGGAGUCUUGUUCAACUGAGAAUCUGGAGCUUCGGAAGAAAGUAGAGGUGCUGGAGAACACCAAUAGGACUCUCCUUCAGCAACUUCAGAAGCUUCAGACUUUGGUGAUGGGCAAGGUUUCUCGGACCUGCAAGCUGGCUGGUACACAAACUGGCACCUGCCUCAUGGUUGUUGUGUUGUGCUUUGCUGUUGCCUUCGGCAGCUUAUUUCAGGGCUAUGGGCCCUAUUCUUCUGCCACCAAGAUGGCUUUGCCCAGCCAGCAAUCCCUGCCGGAGCCGUACACAGCCUCUGUUGUGAGAUCUAGGAACCUGCUGAUCUAUGAGGAACAUUCUCCCCUGGAGGAACCAUCCAGCCCAGCCUCCACUGGGGAGCUUGGGGGCUGGGAGCGAGGCUCCUCUUUGCUCCGAGCAUCAGGGCUGGAGUCCCUGCCUGAUGUGAAUCUUCCCCAUUUCAUUAUCUCCAACGAGACCAGCCUGGAGAAGUCAGUGCUUCUGGAGUUGCAGCAGCACCUGGCCAGCGCCAAACUGGAGGGGAACGAAACACUCAAAGUCAUAGAGCUCGACAGAAGAGUGAACACCACCUUCUAGGAGGCGUCUCCAGGCCCUCUCUCCUCUUACCUCUACUUAUCUCCUAACCACCAUGGUCAUCAGCUUUUCCUCUUUGCCACUGGAUCUGGAUGAAGACCUGGAUGAGCCCUUGUGGCUGGCAUGAGAGGCACUGGUGGUUUCCACCAGCCUGCCUCUCUCCCCUUCUCUUGCUGUCAUAGGAAGUUCUUUUAGGAGGAGAAUGGGAUGGGACCAGCAGGUUCAUUUCCACCCGUAGUGCCAAAAAGAUACUGCCUGACUCUCCCCUGCAAGGUGCGACCCUGCUACGAAAAGAGAUGAUACUUACACAACUGAGACCCCAGACUCUAGCCACAGAAUGCCAUGGUGCCUGUUGGGAUUUGACCAAGCACUGACUCUUGUCCAUCCCACUCCUGCCAGGCCUCCCAUGUGAAUGCCCCAGAGCCCUGGGAGCACCCAGGUAUCAUAGGAGCCCCCUCCCAUCGCUCCACCUUCUGGAGCCUGGGCUGGCCAGUCCCCAGCCACGGAGUGGGUAGACAGGGCUCCUCGUUGUAUUCUCAGGCCGCACGUGCAAUGCCUAAAAGCAUCAGGCUGGUCUCCUCCAGGCGAACCUGCCCAUCUUUAUGCUUGUAGGGCCUCACCCCACCAUCAGCCUGCAGACCUAUAGUCCUCCCUCCCUGCUUCCCCUCUCCAUUUGUAAAUAGUAUUUAUUAGCUUGCUGAGGCUUCCUAUUGGCAACCACCCCGAAAUCAGUCCGUGCCUCUCCCGAUGCUAAUGAAGUCUUCUGUGGCCUUUGGAAUUAGGAGGCCUCUCUGUAGGCACUGGGAUUCCCAAUAUUUCCAGAUAAUGUUUUAUUCCCUUCCUUGAGUUUUUUAAUUGGAGGCCUAUGUAAUAAUUAUGAUUGAGAGACCACAUUAGCAGGUUCCCUCUAUAGCCUGUGCUUUCUCUCUGAUUCCCAUAACGCCUGUCUCCAAUGAUAGGCAAUAGGUGUUUCUGCUCACCUGUCCUGCGCAUCUGCUCCGCUCCCCCACCUGCCCUCUCUACUUCCACUCUGCCUUCCUCCACCAGAGGGUUGAACAGGGCACAUUUGCGUAGCCACAUUCUUACCUUUUAUGGUCAGUUUAGGCUACUUUACAGCUCACCCAAAGAGAUAAAACCUAACCCCCUACUCUACUUCUAUUUUUCUAAUGAUUAAAAACGUCACUUUUGUAGUUUAAAGAAAUCUUUCUUGUUUCACAUAAAUAAGAAAUGGAAAUUGCCUUUUUAUGUAGAAGGUAGAAGAUUCCCUCUAUUUUGGUUUUUUUUCCUUAGCUUGUGAAAGAUUUUGUGUAAGAAAUGUGCUUACAUUUGGUAUUUUAUUUUUAGUAGCAGCUGAAAGAAUUUGAGCUUUAGUUUCUCUUUUCUCUCUCUCCUCUCCUCUCCUCUUCUCUUCUCUUCUCUUCUCUUCUCUCUCUCUCUCUCUCUCUCUCUCUCUCUCUCUCUCUCUCUCUUAUCAUCAUCAUCUACAUCAUCACUGGAGCCUGUACUUAAGAGGGAUUAUGCCCACUCCAUGCCCAUCCCGUAUCAGAUUCAGGAUUUGGUGGCAUUAGCCUGUGCUAUCAUUCCCUGUAAGCCCCUCUGCCUGGCCUCAUUUGUGGUGGGAAAUGGCCUUGUUCAAUUUGCAGCAUGUGAGAGCUGUAUCAUGACCACAGUGGUCCUGCAGCCACGUAGGCAUCCCUCCAACGGGCAGAGCAGGCUCAGACAUCUGAGCUCUGGAGGAGGGGUUGGCUGGUGACCUCUGCAUUCUUCUUUCUGCUCCACUGUCUCAGAUCUUGAUCUUGCUGAUUCUUCUAGUGUCCAGUAACCAUGAGCCACAGCUGACCCUACCUGUCCCUUCAAAGGUUGGUUGCUUGUUACUCAGGCAGACUGUGUGGCCCUAAGAAGACAAAAAUACAGUAAUUGAGCAAUGAGAAAAGAAGGCUUUCAUGUAUAAGGGCAGACAUGAGGUCAUGGGCAGCCUGUCCAUUGCAGCCAAGCUCAUUGGGGUUUGAGGUAUCUGGAGGUAGCCUGGCAGGAAACCCACUUUUCUGAAUGAGGAGGGAGAACAAAAAGGAAAUAUCUAGCCCCAUCCUUAGUGCAUUAAGGAUUUUGUUUUGUUCCUGUCUACCAUUGCUUCGCAUAGCUCUCUCCAGAUGGCAGGGCUUUUUUCCUGGGACACUGUUCUUCUUGAACAUAAUCUAUAACUGGAGACAGUGCUCAAGACCUUGUCCUUCAUUCCUGGCUUGGAGGAAUAAAGGGAACUAACCAAUGGCCUUUUCAGGACAAACUGGUGUCAACAGAACAGAUUGGUUCCAGAUAAUUAGUGGAUAUGUGCUCACUUUUUGUCCAAAGUUUAAGCCCAGUGUAUCUCUACGUUUGUUUUCCCCGUGGGGCAAGCAGUCCCAAGGGCCAGUCAGUAAUUCAUCUUCAGCUUUUCAGCAGAUACUGUCACCUGAACUCAAGUUUUGUGGAAUUUGAGACUAUAAGGAAAACCAAAUCAUAAAAAAUUUUUUUCUCAUUCUGCUUUCUAUUGUGUAAAUAGGUCUUCCCUCUUUCCUUCCUUUACCCUGGUAAAGGAAAGAUCUUACAAAGAUUCAGAGAUCAAGCAAGUUUUAACUGAAUGAGACCUGAGGAAGCCCCUUCCCCCAGAAUGGUUCUUUUCCCAGUGCUCAACUUGGCAUUAGAGAUGGAUACUGGAAGAGAGCGUUCUAUAAAAGUCUGACAGCUAAACUAAAUUGCUCCUUUUUGGCAGGAAGUGGGGGUGGAACUUGACAUUGGUGUAGGCAUAACUGGAUAACCUUUUGAUAAAUAUAAAUGAUUUUGAUUUGGAGACCUUACCUGUAGAUUGGGAAAACAUUGUUCAGUUUGACUUAUCUGCAAACCAACUGUACAUACCAGAUCCUUUUCCCUUUUUAAUCCCCCCAUUAGGCUUGGUUACUGUAAGCUGGCUAUGAAUCUUACAUACCUAUAGAACAGGGAUGUUGAACUGAUUCCUCUUUGUUCUGGUAUUGAGUCAGUGUCCAGCAUUUAUGUCACAAGUAUCCUCUUUGUUCUGGUAUUGAGUCAGUGUCCAGCAUUUAUGUCACAAGUAUUUUACUAAAAUGCUUUCUCCUCAUUUCAUAGGCCCUCCCACUUGUGACCUUGGACAAAGCAAAAACAUAGGCAGAAUCAGAGGCUGCCCUGGGCCAGCCCUGUGAAAAUAUAUGGCGUCUGAGGUGUGCAUGUGAGUGAAGUCCAUAAAUUUGGACACAUGCCAUCCCAUCUCCCAAGUAGGUGCAGGCCAUCCCUGCUGACUGGGGCAAUGCCCCAGGGAUGUGGAGGCAACAGAGAAAGUCCUCAGCCACUGCUUUGUGUGCCACUGAUCACUAGUUGGUUUCUGUUGAGUCCAAUCUGGGAGAAAUGUGGACUAGAGGCUCAGAGUCCUGCCUGCAGCCUGGUAUGACUACAGUACCCUAGGGAGGGCAGCUUUAUUGACCUCUUUCUUCUCAGACAAAUGGACAGUGUGAUAUGAUAAGCCAUCCUGGAAGCCAGGUGUAGUAGAGAGGUGAGGCAGUAAAGCAGGGCUGGAAGGAGCCAGAGGCAGAUGUCAGGUCAUUGAUGCAUUUAGUUACUUCUGGGAGUUUCAGUUUUACUAAGGAACAGUAUAGCCCCUCUCCUAGGCCCUAGCAAUCUGGAGAAUAAAAGGGACUGAGAAUACUUCAUUUAAUCAAAAACUAUUCCCAAGAUCUAUGCACUAGGUCUGUGUCUCCCUCUUUCUCUCUGUCUCUGACACAUGCAUUCCACCCACCCCAUACUUUGUGUCUCAGAUGUGCCUUAUCGAAGAAUUCAGGAUGACUGAGGACUCUGUUGUCCCUGGGGGAUGUUAUAUAAAGAGUGUUAGACUGGGGUGAGUGUAGGGUAAAGAAUUUUUUGCAGAGAUUCAAAAGUGGUUUCCUAAAAGUGAGCCAUUAUCAGAUCUGCACAUCAGGAGAAAAGAAAUUGGGUUAUAUCCAUUAGGAAAAUCUCAUUUUGUAAAGGUGCAAUCGCAUCAACAACAGGCAGCCAGGAUGAAAGGUAUUAUAAAUCCUCACAGCAGAGCAUUUUUGUAGUACAAAGGAAUCUGGUCCAUUGGAAGAUCAGUGCUUCUGGCCUCUGAAUCCAAAGGGUGAGCACUUACCACAGCAGGCAGAAACUCGGUGUCUUCUUAUUAUGGGCAACAUAAAAUCCUCGUGUGUUUUAUUCUGUCUUGGUGUCUAGAAGGAAGGGACAUUUGGUGUUGGGCAUUGUGCUCAGUGAGUUGGAAGUCAUUUAAUGUUACAGAUGCAGAAAGCAAGCGUGGCCAGUCACCAUGAGGUGGGUGGAUCACUGAGUGACCUGGGGUUGGAACAGUUUGUGGCGCAGAUGAAGCAGACCCCUCUCUGAGGACAGCUGUUAACUCUUCCAGCUUGCUGGGCAGGGAACACAGUUCCAACCUGCUGUGCUAGCCCUGCUGUGCAGUGCUCAGUUCCUCGCCUCCUGCUGGAGUGCUCCAUCAGUGCUGUCCUUUGUCUUUGUCAUCCCAUCUUCUGUGAGCUUCAGCUUUCAGGCUUUCCCUCAGGGAAAAGGGACCCCAGGGGUUUCAGCUGUUUCUCUGCCAUUUUGCCCACCGACUGGGUGAAAACAUGAACUCCAUGCACCCAUGGCCUUCACUGCUUAGAAAAUCUCCCUCUCAGAUAAAAGCGCUGUGUGAGUCUAUGGAAGACACCAGCACUCUGACACACUGUGAGUGAUCCUUUUACAUGAUAUGAGCAGACCCCGGACUGUAAUCAUCAAUGAGCUUUAAUGUCUGUACUUACAGCCCGGUUUUCCUCUCUUUUGUAACAUCUUAUAUGGAUCAGCAGUGUUUAAAUUUAAGUUCUAUGUGAGUCUAUUAUCUGUUCUAUUGUGCUGUUUUUUUUAUGGCCUUUUGGUCUUUAUCAUAGCUAGGUGAAUAUCCCCCAAAAUGCUUUGUAGAACACUUGUACUUAGUUUGAAAACAAUAAAUUGUAAUCUUAAUGCAUUUGUAUUUUCAUUUCCUGCAAAUAAAUAUUUUUUCUUAAAUAGGAAAA